AUGGCAGAAAAGUGCGUCCACCAGGGCUGCGGCAAGCUCUACUCUGAUGCUGAGGAGCCAUGUGUCUACCACCCCGGUCCUCCCGUCUUCCAUGAAGGCCAGAAAGGCUGGAAGUGCUGCAAACCCCGUGUCCUCACCUUUGAGGAGUUUAUGGCCAUCCCCCCCUGCACAACCGGCAAGCACUCCACAACCGACCUCCCCCCAAAGAUCGAGCAGAAGCCCCAAGCGGACCCCGCGGACGCGCCUUCUCUCCUCGAUAAGCUCGCAUCGGCAGCGGAACCGGCACGCAAGCCCCUCUCCCAAGCCACAGCCGCUCCCUCCCCUCCGCCUCCACCCCCGGAGUCCGAGUCCGACGACGCUUCCCUCGAGAUUCCCGACGGGACCACCUGCCGUCGUAAAGCCUGUUCGGCCACCUACCGCAAGGCCUCAUCGCGCGAUGGCGAAUCCUGCGUCCACCACCCCGGUGUCCCCAUCUUCCACGAGGGCUCCAAGGGCUACAGCUGCUGCAAGCGCCGUGUUCUCGAGUUUGACCAGUUUAUGAAGAUCGAAGGUUGCAAGACCAAGGGCCGUCACCUGUUCAUCGGAAGCGGCAAGAAGAAGAACGCUGCGGCAGCUGGCGGCGAGGAGAAGCUCGACACAGUCCGCACCGACUUCUACCAGACCCCUUCUACUGUCAUCGCCUCCUUCUUCCUCAAGAAGAUCGUCAAGGAUUCGGCCAAGAUCGAGUUCAAGUCGCAAUCCAUCGCACUUGACCUGCCCACCUCAGACUCGCCGCCCAAGCGCUACACCACCGAGGUACCUCUGUUUGCGCCAAUCGAUACGGAAAAGUCCACCUUCAAGGUGCUUGGCACAAAACUUGAGGUGAACCUUGCCAAGGCCGGCGGUGAGUCGUGGCCUGUCCUGCGCAGUGAUGACCGUCUCACUGGUGAGAUAUUACAAAUCGGCAAGGCGGGGCGCUUGCAAUAG